AUGCAAGUUGAUUGCAAUUUUGAAGAUGAUUCUUGCGAAUGGAAAUCUGAACCGAAAGCUGCAUAUACCUGGACAAUUUUGUCCGGCAAAACUCCUACUUCUUGGUCUGGACCGGAUGUUGAUCAUACAAGUGGAUCCAAUGAAGGACAUUAUAUAUACCUUGAGGGUAAAGAUAUACCAAAAGGUGUAAAAUCGAAUUUAACCAGUAAUACUAUUAACUCCGUUGAUGGUGUAUGUUUUACUUUCUGGUACCAUAUGUAUGGAGUUGGUAUGGGGACGUUAAAUGUUUACACAGAAUCGGAAAUCAUUACUAAAAGGCAUUGGUCACAAUCAGGGAACCAAAGAAACUUAUGGAAGUUCGUCAAUUUAGACAUUUCUAAUUCAGAACCGUACAGGAUUAUAUUUGAAGGUGUUCGUGGAAACUUUCAUACGAGUGACAUUGCUUUGGACGAUAUUUUCUUACUGCAACAUACAUGUUCAGGUGUGAUGGACUAUACAGAGUCAUGUCGUAAAAUUGACGAAUCUAUAUCACUGUCUGGGUGUUCAAAGUAUUACCUACAGCUUAACAACACAAGGUUUGAUUUCGAUCGAAGGUUGGCAAACUGUUCAACAGUAUACCAAGACGUUCAAGCCUCAAGCAGAACACUAUGUAACGAUAUGAACAAUUCAGACAUUUGCACAUUUAAUCUGUCUGAAGAAAUACAAAAAGACCCAAGAUGUUUUCAAUCAAACAGUCUUCUGAUUGAGUAUAAAUGUGAAGAGAGAGUACAUGUACCAAAUAUCUUAUCAGACGAUGGACAGAAGAGUAUUGACAAAGGUUUAGUGGUUGGUAUGGUAGUCGCUUUCUUGUUGUUAGUGUGUGUUGUUGUUUUAAUCCUUUAUCUCGUCAGAAGGCGAGGUUCGUGCAGAAAAACUAAUGAAAAUCCGAAAAACGGAUACAACACGAAUAAUUCUGCUGGUAAUCAAGUUGCAUCUUUCCCAAGUGUUACUGCUGACACCAAUAAUCUAAAUAGUGCACUCACUACGACACAAAUCAACAAUUAUAAUAACAUCUAUGACAACACAGAGUUUAGGGAUGAUAUUAUCGAUUCCGAUUGUGAAUAUUCAAAUAUUGCCAAAACUAACUCUGUAAUAAAUAAAAUAGGAACAACUGUUUCUAAAUAUAGAGACUAUCAAUGUGAUGUAACUAGUUAUAACCCCUCAUCACAUCACGAUGAAAAUGAUUUUGCCAAUCAGACCAAUGAGACGAGCUUUAUGAAACGGCCAAUACACCAGACAGGCUCGACAAAAUCCAAUAUCGUUAUUGAGCAUCAAGGAACAAUCUUUGAAGGUUCUGAGUUUUAUAAGCUUGCUAAGCCUACAUGUUUCAGCGACGAGAAACAUCACAUGAAAACUGAAUAUAAUGACGUGUAUUGUUCGUCUGAAGAAGGAACCUAUGAUUUUGCUGAAAGUAAUCGUCACAAAGAAGCUGAUGAUAAUAUUUAUAGUCAUACCGUUGAUGAUGUUUACGAUUCAACGACCCAUAAAAGAAAUCAUGAUGACCAAGAAGAUGAAUAUGAUCAUUUUAGUGGACAGUUAACAGAAGAUGUGUAUGAUACCUCAAUCUGAUAUAAUUUGAUAAUUUAAUUUUAUAUGUUUGUCUUUCAAUUUUAUACCAUGUUGUUAUUCUUAAGAUUAUUAGUUUUUUUCUGCUGCUUUCGACACUUUUUGGAUAAUUUUGGCUUGCAAGAUACAAGACAGGAAUUUAGUAAAUGUUAUCGUAAAGAUAAUACGCUUUUGACAUUUAUUCAAAUCCUUCUUGAAAAUAACCUUUUCAUUUACAGAGCUAUCUGGGCUAUAUUAGGUUGUUCUUGUUUUCACACAUUUGAAAAUGCGAGGACAUUGACAUUUUUUUUUAAAUUUUGCUAUAUGCCCAGUAAAUUCAACCCAUCUUGAUCGAACCAAUCAAGUGAUAGCUUGCGGGAGUUAUACAUGUAUGCCCAUCCUAAAUUAUAGAACUAUUUGUUUUAAAUAUGUACUAUGUUAUAGUAUGUUCUUUCUGACAAGGCUUGAAUUAGCACGAACCUAUCUAAUCUAAGGUUUAAACAAAUAUUGACUUAUCUUGCUGUUCAACUUUGCUUUAACUAUGUCAAUAUAACUAAUGCGCCUCAAAUUGGGGUAGUAAAAAUAUUACGUAAACCAAAAGUCUCAGUAAUUUUGGACAUGUUUCAAUUUAUAGAAUAACACAUUUAAUUUACGUACAACUAUAAGGCAUGAAUUAACGAUCUCAAUUUAUUUUAUUAACUAAAACUUAUUUGUAGAUCCUAUAUUACUGAUCUUUUUGCUGUAAACAGAUUUUGAUUUUGUUAAACAUGUUAAAAAGUUCUAAAAAAUGGGCGAAAAUUUCUAAGUUUGCCGUAAAAUUGUUAUCUUCUUUGGGCAAAAGUUGUAACGCCUGUAAGGAGUCGUAUGGUAUUUUUGAUUGUACCAUAUGGUAGAUAAAUCUUGAAUUUUUCCUCUUGUUUGCCACAACCAGAUCUUCUUUAUAAGGGUUUGUUUAAGAAAUGUGACGAUGACUUUCAUAUUUUCCCUAUAUUUCAUGUUUAGUAUGUCGGCCAUGUUGAUUGUAGGAAGAAACAACAACAGCAAACAAAGGCAAAAUUGCAAAAAAAAAGCGAGACACAAACUUUUUAAUUGAUACUCUAAGCAUAAUUUAAUACAAUUGUGGUUAAAAUUGUUCCUACUGUUUGCGAGAAGAAGAUUUUUAAAAUACAAAGUACGACAUCUACCACUUCAAUGUUGUGGCAAUGCCUGACACACUGUGGUCGAUAAUAUCAAAAGAGAUUACAAGCAUUUGCUGUAAACUAUUUAUAAUGUGAAGAACAGUAUUUGGUACAAACGGGAAAAAUUCCAUUAAACUGUUAGAUUUCGGAAUGAAAGAGGGGCCAACGGCAGAAUGAUUGACAUGGUCAACACACCUCCCUUCCCCCCUGAGUGAAGAAGAUUAAACAAUUAGAAUAUACAGUUUUUUAUAUUGAAUUGUUGCCAGAAAACUAAAGCACUCAAAAGGUUCAAUUAUAUUAUAUUUUCGAGAGACUAUUGCUCAUACACUUGUUAUAACUGUCAUAUAUUUUAUUACAAUUAAAAACCAACAAAGAGAAGAGAUUUCUUUAUAUACAUUUUCUUCAUUCAUUCAAAGUAUCAUAUUAUUGCUACAUGUACUUUUUUACGAUUUAACAAUAAAACAUUUUUCAAUAAAACAUUCGGUUAAAGUAGCUAUUGUACAAUUUAACCAUGUAGUAAUUCUCGAUUUACCUGUAAUGUGUUGUAUAGUAAUGUCAGAACCAGAUUGAUGUUACCUGUAGGUGCAGUCAUUUGUAUUUUAGAUAUAAUGGUUGAUAACG